GAACUGUCAAAAUAUACAAUAGGCGAGUGAGAAACGCAAGAAAACCGUCUAUAAGUGAUACUUUCCGUGCAGUUUGUGUCCUCUGGAGCACUUAUUUAAUUCCGCCAUUUAUUAAUUAAUUAACUCUUCUCGGAAUAUUUAAAUCGGGACCACUUGUUGACACACUUCCACUAUCAUGUAACAGAAUUUUAAUGAAUUGAAAAUGUAUAGGCCACCUCAAAACUGUAACCGAGUAAAAUCUAUUAAGAAAAAGUUUGAAAACAUCGAAAACCAAAGUGAAACUGUCAAUGUGGGCCCCUCGAAGCCUUUUACUAGUGCCAAAAAGCUCUUGGCCCCCUUAACAGAGAACUCUCUGAACGGUUUUUCGCGUGAGCACAACGCUAGAUCCUCGAUACCACAAAGGGCAGCUCAACCCAGUCUUUCUCGGCAGCUAUCGGAUCCUGCCAAAAGGAAUAUCAAAAGAACUCCCGCCUUUAGGGUUGACAAAAGCGCCGAGGAUUCACCUGUGCGCCCCACUAGCCUUUUCCAAACGAAAAUUAAACAGUUCAACCGAGUGAAAUGUGGCAAAGAACUUGACUCACCUUCAGAUGAUUCUACUGGGGGAUUAAAGUGUGACCUAAUUGAGUUUGAUAAGCAUACCGUAAGCUGUGAUAGUGUUUCCUUGAAGGAAAACAGUUCAUUUUUAUAUCCUAGGAAUAAGUUAGAUGUUUAUAGUAGUACGAACAAGACUGAAGUGCCCCGUAAUAAGAGGGCCUCAUUAAUUAAGUCCAAGAGCUCGCAAGAUUUCCAAUAUGUUCGCAAAAAGUUUGACGACGAACCUGAGAAUUUAAGCACCGAAAUAUUAAGCACCGCCAAUAUUGACUUAUCUCUCCUGUACACCCAACCCAUUCCCAAAUCUUUAAGACACAAGACAACCGAAACCAACUGCACCUCAAAAAUCGACAACAUCUACACAAAAAGCACGUUACAACUCACCGAUAAUGACAAAAAAGAGUUUCUGAACUCUUUGCAGAGGGUCCUGGCCCGUCAGGACCUACCGGGAGGCCUAACUGACUCGCUAAGGGUGGCCCUAAAGAAACCUCUGCCCAAGGGCCCCGCUCCCCAAAAACCGCCCAGAACAUUCCAGCAUUGUGCCGAAGCGGUUAUAAAUGAAAAAAGAAAAACCCCCAAGAAGGGUGACCCCCGGUACAUGCUGAACAAACUGGAAAUGGCUUUGAAAAAUAACAAAUUAAGGGUGAGGAAACAGCUGCCCCGGGUGGAGGUGUGUAGCACCACCUCGGGGGAGGACAGCGACGACAGUUUGUUGUUUCGCAGUAAAUCUUGUCGCAGCGUUCAUAAAGAAGACACUGAGGAUGGUGGUUUCGAUAAUUUGUUGGGGGAGUUUAAUUGUUUCGGGGGGUUCGGAGGGUGUGGGAAUCCCGGGUAUCAGAGGCUUAAGGAGCCGAGUGCGUCUUUUUUUGUUAGUGCCAGUCCUGAGAAGGAGCAUAUUUAUGAUGAACCUGUCAGGAGGAAGAGCAGUGAGGUUGAGAGUGAGAAGACGAAGAACAGGAAUAGCUUGUAUUAUAUGAGUACUGCCCUAAUACCGGAAGAUACCGGUCAAAAUGGAGGAGGACCCUCGAACCUAAAAGGAGCCACUAUGGACGAUUCGAAAGCUGAACUUAGUAGUAGCAGAGUAAAUAGGCAGAUUUCCGCGGAAGAUUCGUCACUGUCAUCGUUCACGUCGGACCUGGACUCGAACCCGAGCCCGGUGGCCGACGAUCCUCACGCCAAAAUCCGCUUUCUGAUCGAGAAUUUCGAGAAACGGAGACAAACGUUACCGAAAGUCAACGGGGAGGACAGAGAGGGCGAACCGGCGAGGUCGUUUAGCGUGUCGAGCGACAGCGCCAGUAGAGUGGAGGCCUUAAAAGAUUCGCUAAGGAAAACGUUAGAUAGGAGUUUUAACAGUGAUGCGAGCCUGGCCGGGGCACGAGAAAGCGACUCGGAGAACUUUGAGGACGGCAAAGUGUCCCGUAUGGUCGAGCGGUUUCACACGUUUCAAAAAUCGGCGCCAAAGUACCAGCAGCCGUCAGUGAACACCGACACCCUCUUCGACUGUUGCUUGGUGAUCGAAAAAGUGCAGGAUUGCGUCCGGAUCAAGUUCAAAUUUCCCGAAAACGUGGACAUCCCGAAGAACAUCGAGUAUCUGUGCUUCCCCGAGAGUCCGGAGAGUCCUCCGCUAGAGGGCACCAGCACUGCUCAAAGUUACACUUUGCUGAUCACCAGUGAAACUGGCGUGAGGACUUACGGGUAUUGUCGCCGGGUACUUCCGGAGGGUUCCAAUCAUUGUUUACCGUUGGUUUAUUGUAUAUUGAGUAAAUAUCGCUUGCCGAGGUUUUACAAGAAAGUCCUGCUAGAACUGGAGUCGCGUCACGGCAUGCAAAACAAGUACAGAGACCGGUUGAUCAGUCAGUUUUACUUUAAAAAGAUCCCGAAACCCGGUGACAGUAUCACGAUCAAUUUGUCGGGUUUAGAUGGUGGCGGCGAUAAAACGAGCGCUUUCGAGGGCAGUUUGGAUCUGACCAGUUUUAUACAGGUAAAUAAAACUGGCGAAUACGGCACCUUGACCCAUAAAAGGACGGAGAUUUUCGUGUCGCCGAACGACGCAGUUGCUCCCAAUUUCGUCUCGUACGACGGUGCCAAGACCGAAUUAGUCCUGACGAUGCACGACGCCCGAUACGAGGUGGCCGAGCUGAAAAGGCUCCACAAAUUACCGGCGGACGUUUUAUUGAAGAUCUUCUCCUCUUUACUAUUGGAACGCAAAGUGAUCCUAAUUAGUUCGGUCAUAAGUGAGUUGUCGUCCUGUGUGGACUCGUUGCAGAGCAUCCUCUAUCCGUUUACGUGGUGUCACACCUUCAUCCCGAUUAUUCCGGAACCGUUGUGGGAUAUCCUGGACUGUCCCACUCCGAUUGUUUGCGGAGUGCUGUCUCAGGACGCCAUGGAAGGGAGACAUGUCGAGAAUGCGAUCGUGGUAAACGUAGACACAAAAUCGGUGCUGAUCGAAGAAGGAGACGAGCUAAAAAUCCUGAGCGGCAGCCUACACAAAGUCUGGCGUCAAUUCAUGACUUUGGCGAGCAACAUCCAAUCCAACGAGUUCGUUUACUCCUUUUAUUUGGCCGACGCUUAUCUAUCGGUUUUCAUCACCUGCUUCAAGUCUUACAAACAGUACGUGGUCGAGGGACAGUUUCUGAAAGACGAGCUGAUAAAGAACGCGAAAACCAAAGGGAUCCGCCGGUUCCUGAAGAUGUUCACCGAAACCGGCAUGUUUCAGGGGUUCGUGGACGCGGCCCUACAUAAUCCGGACACCCUCGCCUUGUUCGAUAAGAAAAUCGAACUGUUCGGGUCCGAUCAGAGCUCCUCGAUCUUGGACAAGUUGAUCGAGUGGCACCGGUAAACUCCACCUGUUUUAAUUGUUUUAACUAAGUGCCUUUUAAUCGUGUGAUAACCGUCAAGGUUUUGCUACUAUGUAGUAUGUUUUUUUUUACUUAAUCUUUAAGUACCAAUUGCUUUUUUGUAUGUGUAUAAAAAGACUGCAGUUAUUUAGGCCUCACGGUUGUUAUACAUGAUUUUUUUAAGUAUGUAUAUAAAAAUUCUUUAUUUUA